AUGGCUUCCACCAUCCCAAACGAGCGCAGGCUACGUCAAAUCACCCUCGCGACUCUAUUCCCCGCCUUCCCUCUUAUCGUAGCCUCGGGCGUCAUGUCCGAAAAGUCUAACAACAGAUACGGCUACUGGACACAUCCUGUAGACGGGACGACCGCCAUCUACUGCAGCUUGAUUCCGACCUUCUUCUCCGCUUUCACUUCGAUAAUUUCUCUCGCGAUCAAGCACGACCCACUCGAGAAACGCCCUCGGGUGCGCACAGCUCUGUGGGGCAUGCUUGACCUGAUCCUCGCCGCGUCGAACUUGGUCAUUCUGAUAUUUGUGUGGGCCUUUGAGCCGGCUGCAAUGUAUCAACAUUCGGAUUGGAUGAUGUUGGAGACAUAUGCAACGGUGUUUCUGAUGUCGAACAUGUUCAUCCACGGGUACCUUGCUCUGUACCACCCAAUCAAGUCGCUGUGCUCCGGCACAUUCCUAACCAAGUGCCCUCAUUGCCAGGGUAAGCUAAGGUCUGUGGAGACUGUAGGGCCGAAGAGUGGAUACAGUCUUCUUCGCGCGGAGGACUAUCUCGAUGAGCCCGAGGCCGAGGCCAGCGCCGAACCUAUUAGACUGUCUACCGACUCGGAAGCCUAG